AUGAAGUGUGCUGAUGAUAUGAAGACUUUUCAGGUUACUGUUAUGGCAGAUCUCGUGUAUGAUAUUUUGGCUGGCCUUGACGAUACUUAUGACAAGAUCCGCAAUGAUAUUCUACACAGUGAUAAAGUUCCAAGUAUCGAAAAUGUCUUUUUUAUGGUCCGUCGAGAGGCUCAAGGCCAUAUUACUAUGCUUGAAUCCAGCACCAAGAUCGGGGAACCUGCUGUUGUGUUUGCUUCCAAAAACACUGCUCUGGUUUCUCGGCAUACAGGGUCUGACUCCUCACCUGACUUCUGCAAAAAAAAGACAAACUGA